UCACGUCGUCAUAAUCGUUCAAACUUCAGACUGGACACGGUCCGGGCUGCCACGAGUCCGAUUAACCACAAUGGACUGCAAGUCCGAGCCAAUUCCGUUUUGGCACCGCCGGCCGAACACCUGAGCCGCUUAAUUUGGGUGGCUGCAAGACACUCCCAAAGUCCCUCGAGGGCUUCCAAAUGCCAUGCGAGACGAUAUUAUGAUGUGAAUGAGAAAUGAGAAUGGCGACGGUCGUGGUGCAGCAGGGCUCGCCAGCGAUGAAUCGGGAGUGCCUGGGAAGGCAUCAUUCUUCCGUGAUUAGCUGUGGAGCGAUCGAUUGCUGGAGCCUCGGAACUCAUCUUGGUAGACGGGUUGUAGAGUUUGGCGCAAGGCCUAAACCGUUUCAAGAGAUAAGCCGGCAGAUGAGAAGCAAUAGACGGAGUCUAGCUUUUGCCUUGGACACUGGUGGAUCUCCUAAUACUGAUGAUCAAGAUAGCCCUGAUGGGGACGAUGCAGGGCUUGGCAGGACAAGACUGGGGACAAUAGUCCGUGCUGUGGCGAGACAGCUUCUGGAGAAGCUGAAUGCUACUAGAAAGAAUUUCCCAAUGAAAAUAUUUCUCCUCCUCUUGGGUUUUUAUACAGCUAAUGCCCUGGCAACUAUCCUAGGGCAGACUGGUGACUGGGAUGUCUUGGUUGCCGGUGUUGUGGUGGCUGCUAUAGAAGGUAUCGGCAUGCUUAUGUACAGAAAACCAUUCACUAUGCCUGUUGGGAGAUUGCAGUCAUUGGUGGUGAUGGUGAACUAUUGGAAAGCUGGUGUAUGCUUGGGUCUCUUUGUUGAUGCUUUCAAAUUAGGAAGUUGAGGGUCUUUAGUAUGCAAUCUGGCUUCAUAAACUACAUAUUUUCCUAGACUGCACCAUGAUCAUGGUGAUUCAUUGAGAUCAAGUGCACGGAUGCUAUUUCAUCUGUGAUUCAACUGGAUGAUUGCUAAUUGAUCAAAAAAUUUGCUGGAUAAUUCUGUUUUCCCCAUUUUCA